AUGACCAAGUUCCAGGAAGCAGUGACAUUCAAGGACGUGGCUGUGGUCUUCUCUGAGGAGGAGCUGGGGCUGCUGGACUCCCACCAGAGGAGGCUGUACCGCGACGUGAUGCUGGAGAACUUCCGGAACCUGCUCUCUGUGGGGCUUCAACCCUGCAAGCCAGACCUGAUAUCCCAGUUGGAGAGAGAAGAAAAGCUUUUGGUGAUGGAGACAGAAACCCAAAGAAAUGGCAAGAGUCAACAUAAGGAGCAUAUUCAAGAAGUGGGAUUAAACUACCUUUCUCCCAGAGAGCUUUCCCCCUGGCAGAACUGGCAACACAAUGCAAGUGGAUUAACCAGGGUCCAUACCGGGGAGGAACCCCACGAAUAUGAGGAGAAUGGGUAUGUCUUUGAUCAGAGCUCAUGUCUUCAAGUUCAUCAGAAAAUCCACACUGAAGAGAAACUAUACACAGGUGUGGAGUGUGGGAAGCGCUUCAUUUGUAGUUCAAAUCUUAAUAUUCAGCAUAAAGUUAACUUGGAAGAAAAUCUCUGUAAUUCUGAGGAGGUUGAUAAUGACUUCAGUCUGGCCUCACAUUUUCAGGACCUUCAGAUAGUCCACACUGGAGAACAACCAUACAAACAUUAUGCAUGUGAUAACAGCUUCAGUCGAAUUUCGUGUCUUCAGGAUCAUCAGAGAGUUGACACUGGAGAGAAGCCAUAUAAAUGCAAUGCAUGUGGUAAAGGCUUCAGUCAUAAAUCAGUUCUUAAAGUUCACCAGAGAGUCCACACAGGAGAGAAACCUUAUAAAUGUGAGGAGUGCAGUAAGGAGUUCAGCCGGAGUUCAUAUCUUCAAGCUCAUCAGAGAAUCCACACUGGAGAAAAGCCAUACAAAUGUGAGGAGUGUGGGAAGGGAUUCAGUCGGAAUUCAUACCUUCAAGGCCAUCAGAGAGUCCACACUGGAGAAAAGCCAUACAAGUGUGAGGAGUGUGGGAAAGGCUUCAGUCGGAGUUCACACCUUCAAGGCCAUCAGAGAGUCCACACUGGAGAAAAACCAUACAAAUGUGAAGAGUGUGGGAAGGGCUUCAGUUGGAACUUUAAUCUUCAAAUUCAUCACCGGGUUCACACAGGAGAGAAACCUUAUAAAUGUGGAGAAUGUGGGAAGGGCUUCAGUAAGGCCUCAACUCUUCUGGCCCAUGAGAGAGUCCACACAGGAGAGAAGCCAUAUCAAUGCGAUGAGUGUGGUAAGAGCUUCAGUCAGAGAUCAUACCUUCAAAGUCAUCAGAGUGUUCAUACUGGAGAGAGACCAUAUAUAUGUGAGGUAUGUGGGAAGGGCUUCAGUCAGAGAGCAUAUCUUCAAGGCCAUCAGAGAGUUCACACAAGAGUGAAGCCAUAUAAAUGUGAGCUGUGUGGGAAGGGGUUUAGUCAGAGUUCACGCCUUGAAGUACAUCGGAGGGUCCACACAGGAGGGAAACCAUACAAAUGUGAUGUGUGUGCAAAGGGCUUCAGUGAGAGUUCACGCCUUCAAGCACAUCAGAGGGUCCACACAGAAGGAAGGCCCUAUAAGUGUGAGCAAUGUGGUAAGGGUUUCAGUGGGUAUUCAAGUCUUCAAGCCCAUCACAGAGUCCACACUGGGGAGAAACCAUACAAAUGUGAGGUGUGCGGAAAGGGCUUCAGUCAGAGAUCCAACCUUCAAGCUCAUCGAAGAGUCCACACAGGAGAGAAACCAUUUGAGUGUGAAGCCUGUGGUAAGGGUUUCCGUUGGAGCUCAGGUCUUCUAAUUCAUCAAAGAGUUCAUAGUGAUAAAUUCUAUACAAGUGAAGAGUGCAAUAAGGAUUAUCCUUCAUCUAAGAACCCUCAACACAGGAAUGAAGUGCUAUAA